AUGGAGAGAAGCACGCCGGUCCGAAAGCCUCACACCUCAACUGCCGAUCUGCUGACUUGGACUGAGGCUGCACCAUCUGCCUCUUCCAACGCCUCCUCCGCCCAGCGUUCCUCCGGUCGCUCCAACCAGCCGUCGGAUGGAAUCAGCAAAGUGGUGUUUGGAGGUCAGGUUACUGAUGACGAAGCUCAAUCUCUCUUGAAAAAGAAGCCUUGCUCAGGUUACAAAAUGAAAGAUAUGACUGGCAGCGGUAUAUUUGCAGCCAAUGGCGCUAAUGGUGCAUCUGAACCUACUGCUACUAAUCCUACUAACCGAACAGGAUUGCGCAUGUAUCAGCAAGCAGUGAAUGGAAUUAGCCAAAUAUCAUUCAGUGCUGAUGGGAGUGUUUCUCCAAAGAAGCCUACCUCUCUCCCUGAGGUAGCAAAGCAGCGAGAGUUAAGCGGCACGUUGCAGGCUGAUUCAGAUGCAAAGAAUAAAAAGCAAAUAUCAAAUGCAAAGUAUAAGGAGAUCAGUGGACAUGACAUCUUUGCAUCUCCUUCUGAAAUUAAGCCACGUUCAUUGGCUGCUGCACGCUCCACGGAAUCAAGAGAAAGCAAAGACAUGGGAGAACCUGCACCACGAAAUGUGCGCACAUCUGUCAAAGUUUCAAAUCCUGCCGGAGGUCAGACAAGUAUCCUGUUCAGCGAAGGACCUGUUGUCAAGACAGCAAAGAAGAUACAUAACCAAAAGUUUCAAGAGCUGACAGGCAACAAUAUCUUCAAGGGAGACGUUCAUCCAGGCUCUGCAGAAAAGCCUCUGAGCAGGGCUAAGCUGCGCGAAAUGAGUGGCAACAACAUCUUUUCUGAUGGGAAGGUGGAAUCUAGAGAUUAUCUGGGUGGUGUACGCAAGCCCCCUGGUGGUGAGAGCAGCAUUGCCUUGAUUUAACGGUAGUGUCCUUUGCUGUACAUCCCAGUUUGGGUGCAAUGUUUUGACUGUGCAGGGCCCUUGAUGCCUUAUGAUGAUCAAAUUUGGGCAUUCGAGUGGCAUAUGUUGGUUGUGGCUCAUGUAUACGUUGUUAGAGUGUAACAUUUAGAUCGGAACCCUAGGUGGACGGCUAAUUGAGUUAUUUCAACAGUUUCCAGUUGUUGUGUUGUUAGUGUUUGGUCUGGACUCCAGACCAACUUUGUCUGUUGUUGUGGAAUAAUAAAAGGCCCCUGGUUAGCUGGUCUCUAAUACGUUCUUGAGCGUA